CCUUUGAUCAAAGGUAAACACUUUGUUCUUCAGCAACAAGAUGGUUCUUUCCUUCCCACUUUGCUGGAAGCAAGACCAGUGGGCCAGAGCAGACAUCAAAGAAGAUCCAGGGACUUAGGGGUUUCUGGCCAGGAGGUUGGAACUAAGAGUUCUGAGGACACCAGAAAGCAGGCCAGACAGCAAUGUAUCUUUCCUCCUACCCAGCUAACCCACGUAGAACAGGGCUUCUUAAACCCAGGGGACGCUCCCUCCUUCCAGACUGGUCUUUAUCCAGCAACCUUUUCAGCCUCAUCCCACCUCUUGGCUGUAAGUGGCCUUAGGCAAGGCACACCUCUGCCUCCGACUCUCCUCCCUGACUUCAGUUUCUUCCUGAGAGCUGUCUGAGACCUGCCACUGUACUCUGUUCUCCGUUCCCUCUGUAUUUACCAUAGGGGGGGCCUGGAAACAGGGAGCAUCCAGCAGCAUCUCUCACCCGAGGACCAGCUGGACCUCUGAUUCUGUGCUCCAGCCCAAGGACUGGGUGAGACCGAGACUCAACGGUGAACCACGGGAGAGAAGGAAGGCAUGGCACGGGAUGCGGUCUGGCUCCUUUUCCUCCAGCUCGUCUUACGGCCAACUCUGGCGAUAGGCAUCAACAUGCAGAUGGCCAUCAAGAACUUCCGCACCUUACACAUUGACUACCCCAUGGUUAAAUACCCGAAGGGUUUCCACGGGUACUGCAACGGCCUCAUGGCCUAUGUGAGGGGCAGGUUACAGGACUGGUUCUGUCCUAAGAUCCACUAUGUGGUGCACACCCCCUGGAAAGACAUCCAGAAGUUCUGUGAACACAGUGAGAGCUUCUGCGAGAACUACAAUGAAUUUUGCACCCUCACUCAGGACUCCUUCCCCAUUACCGUCUGCACCCUGGACUCUAAGCAGCCACCAACCAGCUGCAGCUACAACAGCACCCUGACCAACCAGAGGCUGUACUUGCUCUGCUCCAGCAAGCACAACGCUGAGCCAAUAGGUAUCAUUGGCAUCUACUAGGGACUUAGCUCGCAAACCAGUCCCACCUCGUUACAGGUCUCCACAUGCCACCCCAAAGCCUGUCCCCAUACUCGGACUCUGGCUGCAUGUCUUCCUGACUUCUGAGGCAGAGCCUCGCCCCCCUUCAGGGUCUUUUCACCUUCUCACCACCCCCACCCCGAGCCUCCCUCCCCCAGUGACAGUAAAACCCACCCAAGAAGCGGAUGGGUGUCCAGCUGGCAGAGCCUGUCUAUCCACUGGGCCAGAUCCCGACGUCUGGAUGGAGGCCCAGGUCCCAACUCACACCAUAGCAACAGGCACCCAGUUCCAGUAUUUCUCCCUAUCCCUGUUUUUAGUGUCCAUCUCCCACACUUCCCUUAUAAUUCCUGCCACUCUUCAGCAAAAGGAACCUCCCUACGACCCUGAGACCCUUUUGGUCUCAUAUUCCCCGAGCCCCGUCUCCAGUCUGCACUUCUCUGUGAUCUCCCCUUCUGUAUACCCUACCCUUCCCCCACUUCCCUCACCAUGGAGCCUAGGGCUGUUUUCCCCCAUGCUCAGACCACUCGUAGUCUUGCUGCCUACCUUUCCCCAACCUCUGCCUUCCAUCCUUCUCUCACCUUGGCCCAUCAGUAUCUCAAGUUCUCUUUUCUGUUCUUCCCAAGGUCCCUUAGCCCCCCUUUCCUCCCUCACCUCUACCCAACAUUUCCCAGACUCCAGGGUCUGUGCCACUCAGGUGGCAGAUGAUGAGGCCAGCCCAAUUUCCAGUCCUGUAAAGUGGAAGAACCAUGAGGGGAAGCUGGGCAAAAGGUUCGGGAACUCCUUUCUGUAUUGACUUCUUGUGAGUCUGUAACCAUUUCCAAAUAAAAAGUUUAAAAAACGCAUUCAA